GAAGCUCUUCUUCUUUGUCUUCUUCGGAGGCUCAUGUUUUCCGCUCCUGAGCAGAUUUGGCUGUUGGAAUUGGAGCGGGAGUUGCUGCUGAUUUCGAUUUCUUAUUCUAUUGCGAGAGAGAGAGAGAGAAGGAUGUGGGUUACGGAACAUUGCGAUUGAUGCCCUGAAGUGCAGGAACCUGUCUGAGACCUUGCUCAUUAGAUAUUCUUAGUGAUCGACCAUAUUUCCUUGUUGAACUACGUUGUGGAGUGUAGUCAUCAUUAUGGAGUUUUAGAUAGUGAAAAGAGGAGGGUUAGCUCAGCAGCUAUGGCACUCCGGAACAUCUGGGAGGGUGUCUUUGCGCCAGCCAAGCCGGCGAGCUCUAUUUGGGAGAUUCGCAAAGUGCAGAGAGGGUUGCGCUACGGAGGGCUUUAUGUUCUUUUUGCUGGUGUCACUUACUUCUACACAAAUAUCAGCACAAGGGCAGGAGUCCCUAGAAUCAACCAAACAUAUAGUUCUUACCCUGCUGGGGUGGACAUUCUAUUUGACGCCACUGAGCUCUACAAAUCAGCUAUUGGCAAUGUCUUUGAGGAGGACGAUUGGGGUCCGCUUGAAUAUGCUAUCAUGGCGAAACAUUUUGAUCGGCAAGGGAAAACUCCUUACAUGUACCACUCUCAAUACAUGACACAUCUUUUAACAAGUGGUCAGCUGAAUGGGCCGUUUUAAAUUUUGAUUCUACCUAUUUGCGAAAACUAGUCCUGAGGUUAGAUACCACUCGUGUAAAGCGAAUGCUGAAAGUUGCUUACUGUACUUUCAAAAACUAGACCGAUAUAGAAGGGGCUAAAUUUUCCGUGAAUGGGAAGCUUAAAAAACGGUACACCGUUCGAUUUUAUGCAUUCCUCCUCUAUUAAUGGUUCAUUUUACGAUCCUAUUUUUUAAUUUCA